UCUAGCUUCGUCCCAUAUCUCAAGCUUCUACAGCAACCACUUUAAUCUUCUAUCAGCUAUGACGGCCUCCAGUAGCUUCCUCAUACUCUUCCUUCUCCCUCUGCUUGCUAGUAUAGCUCAUGGGUGGAAUUCGUCACCUACUUUUUACGAUUUCAGCUGCCCGAAGGUACACGACAUUGUGCAGAAGGCAAUGGCCGACGCCAUCAGUAAGGAGCCAAGGAUGGGCGCUUCCAUCCUUCGCAUGUUCUUCCACGACUGCUUUGUAAAUGGAUGCGAUGCUUCUCUUCUCCUGGACGAUACACCGGCGUUCACAGGCGAGAAAAGUGCAUCUCCCAAUUUAUCCGUUCGUGGCUUUGAACUCAUCGACAGCAUCAAAUCUCAACUCGAAGAAGAAUGCAAGGCCACCGUAUCGUGUGCCGACAUCCUAGCCCUCGCAGCACGCGAUAGCGUCGUCUUGCUUGGUGGACCAUCUUGGAUGGUGUAUCUCGGCCGCCAAGAUUCGAGAACGGUGAUUCCGCAACAGAUCAGUAGCCUGCCUCCCCCGACGGCCGACCUUACCACCCUCGUCACCAUGUUCGCAGCCAAAAAUCUCACUGCUCAGGAUAUGACUGCACUCUCAGGGGCUCAUACAAUUGGCCUUGGCCGAUGCGCCAACUUUCGCGAUCACAUCUACAGCGAUACCGACAUCGACCCUAGCUUUGCAAGCUUAAGAAGGCUGAGCUGCCCGUUGUCCGGCGACGACGGCAACUUGGCCCCAAUCGAUGACCAGAGCGAGAAUAGCUUUGACAACAAUUACUUCAAGAACCUUUUGGCUAAGCAUAGCCUCUUUCACUCGGAUCAGGAGCUCUUUAAUGGCGGAUCCCAGGAUUCGUUGGUCUUGCAAUACAGCAAUGCCCCCCAGCAGGUUUUCUUCAAUGACUUCGCCAUUGCCAUGGUGAAGAUGGGGAACCUCGUCCCACUGGAUGGAACUAGCACGGAGAUCAGAUUGAACUGUAGAAGUGGUCUCAACGCUCGGGAUAUGACCGUGCUCUCGGGAGCGCACACCAUAGGCCAAGCGCGGUGUACAUUGUUCCGCAGCCGCAUCUUCAACGAGGCCAACGUGAACGCCAGCUUCGCCGCCUUGCGGAAGCGAACCUGCCCGGCUUCGGGCGGCGACGGCAACCUCGCCCCCCUCGAUGUCCGGAGCCCCGACCGGUUCGACAACGCCUACUACCAGGACCUCGUGGCUCGGCAGGGGCUGCUGCACUCAGACCAGGAGCUCUUCAACGGUGGGUCUCAGGACGCCCAGGUCCGGCAGUACAGCACCGAUUCCGCGCAGUUUGCGAGGGACUUCGCGGCGGCCAUGGUCAAGAUGGGCAACAUCAGCCCGCUGACCGGAACUAGUGGGGAGAUUAGAUUGAAUUGCCGGAAGAUUAACUGAUGACGACUAAUUGUUCGACAUGAUCUGGGGGAAGAUUAAUUUAGAGAAUUUAAAUUGGAGUCGUGGACCCUGGUCUCAGGGAUUGCCACUUGUGCUCUUUGCUAUUUUAGGGAGUAAAGCAAAAAAAAAACAAAUAAAUAAAUGAAUGGAGAUUUUGACUGUUUGAGUAAACCGGAAGAGACUGGCAUUCGUAA